UCCACGGCGAUGCGCCGUUAACGGCACAGUCGCUCCGCGCUCUUUUCUCUUUCUUCUUCUUCUUCCAUCAUCCCCGCUUUCAGGCGGAGAGAGGACCAGCAUCCCCCCUUCUGCCUCCUCCUUCACUCCCCCCCAAAACCACUCUGGCUGCGUCUCUGUCCGCCGGCGCUGCACCGUCCUUAUCAAUAACAUGGAAAUACCAGGCUGUCGUUCUUCCAUCUAAGACGGAAAGUCUCACCUCACAGAGUCAAGACGGGGGGCACAAUGAGUGAAGAGCCACCGGUCACCCCCAGCUGGCUGACCCCUGACCCCACAGCAUGGGCCAGCGGAGGCGGGGGACCGAUGGACAACAGCACCAGCUUGGGGACUUUCUCGCCGGAGGACUCGCUCCCGCCCAGCCAGCUGCCCCUCCUCGUCAACCCCUGGGACAUCGUGCUGUGCUCGUCUGGGACCCUGAUAGCCUGCGAGAACGCCCUGGUGGUGCUGGUGAUCUGGCAGAACCCGGCGCUCAGGGCCCCCAUGUUCCUGCUGAUCGGCAGCCUGGCGCUGGCCGACCUGCUGGCCGGCCUGGGCCUGGUGCUCCACUUCACCUGUGCCUACUUGCUUCACUCUGACUCGGCCCAGCUGCUGACCGUGGGCCUGGUGGUGGCCUCCUUCUCGGCCUCCGUCUUCAGCCUGCUGGCCAUCACCAUCGACCGCUACCUGUCGCUGUACUACGCCCUCACCUACAACUCGGAGCGGACGGCGGCCUUCACCUACACCAUGCUCGUGCUCCUGUGGGGCCUCUCCCUGUGUCUGGGCCUGCUCCCGGUCACGGGGGUCAACUGCCUGGCGGAGGAGGCGACGUGCAGCGUGGUUCGGCCGCUGACGAAAAACAACAUCGCCGUCCUGUCCGUCUCCUUCCUGCUGCUCUUUGGCCUCAUGCUGCAACUCUACGUCCAGAUCUGCAAGAUCGUGAUGCGCCACGCUCACCAGAUCGCCCUCCAGCACCACUUCCUGGCUGCCACGCCCCACUACGUCACGACGCGGAAGGGCGUGUCGACGCUGGCCAUCAUCCUGGGUACCUUUGCUGCCUGCUGGAUGCCGUUCACUGUCUACUCCCUCAUUGCUGACUACACCUACCCUCCGCUCUAUACCUACGCCACACUGGUGCCUGCCACCUACAACUCCGUCAUCAACCCGGUCAUCUACGCCUUCAGGAACCAGGAGAUCCAGAAGGCGCUGUGGCUGGUGUGCUGCGGCUGUGUGCCUGCCAGCGUGGCCCAGCGCGCAAGGACCCCUAGUGACGUCUGACCGAGCAGACCCAGGUGGGAAGAGAGAGGCGCCCUGGGUCAGCUCUGCUCCUCACUGGGUCUGUCCGGUGUCACGGAGAGCAGCAGCAGGGGGAGGUCAGGGGAAGUGGCAGAGGGCUGUGGCUUCAGCUCUGGCUGGAGAUGUCACUGGCAGAGGCAGUUUGGUUUGUUAUCCACAGCCCACCUGGGCCCAUGGUGUUUUUCCCCCUUAUUUGUUGCAACCACCAUAGGGCAAGGUAUUUCACUGUCUUCCCCAGCAAAGGCAGCCACCGCGCGUGCUGCAUCCCUUCAUCCCGCCCCCACCCCCUCUCCCCGUUCCAGCCGUGCCACGCCCUUCCUCUGCUCUGCAGAGAGCGCUAAGUGCAUCACAUGUUACAGGCAGCAGCUGUAUAUAGAAUGUGCAUAUAGUUAACCACCACCAGACCUUUGGUUGACACGUGCUUGUUUUUGUUCGCACAGGGAGGGGUUAUUGAUUUGCGCCUGUGCGUAAAAGCGCACGGUGGAUUGACAAAGCGGCGCGUGUGCGGCGAGGAGAGGAGAGAAAAAGGAGAGGAAAGAGAGGAGGGGGAGAGUAGAGAGAGUGUGAGCGUCCGCGGUUGAAUACGCAGGCAUUUCCACAGUAAAGCCCGUCUGGAGCAGCAUCCCGGCGCUCUGCUGCUGCACUCUGAACGUGCGUCGAAAGCUAAACAGCCGCGGAGAGCUAAAAAUAGACCCGGGCGCUCUCUGAUCCGCGCCCUGCGUCCUCCACAGACGCCGAGAAAGAAAUCAAGCCGCUUCUUCUUCCUCUUUUUCUCCUCAUCGCCUCUCCAAUUUCCCCCUGUCUUCUUUUCUCCCCGGUUUGUGCGCGAAUGUGUUUUAGUUGUGCUGGCGUCUGGGAGGCUUAAGACAAAGAGCCAGGAGACCCCCACCAUUAACCCCCUCUCCUCCAUUUUUAUGAGUAGCUAUGGCAGCACCAAAUCGAGCAUAGACCUAUUAGAUUAUGUAACCACUUUAUACCCCCUCUCUUUCACCUUUAGAAAUUGCUUUUUGACUGUCUGGAGGUUGCUGCAUUAUUUUACUUUGAGAAAACCCAACAAAUCAGACUUGAUCAUUUUUAAAAUGAUGACACCAAUAUCAAAUAUAUUACCCCUAAAGGAAUCCUCUGAACAUGCAUAGGUGAUUCUCUUCAAAUCUGAAUGUAAUUCCAUUUAUCGGCCCUUAAAGAGCCUCGCCCCCACCACAUCAUAUCUGAUCUGCAUGAUAGACCUCAGUGUAAUUUGCAUGCAACAAGCACAGAUCCCCCCUCUCUCUUUUCAGAGUUCAGUGUGGUAGGUCACACAGGCCACUGGAGGCGAUGUGUCACAGCACCCUGAUGUCACCGUGACCCUAAUAAUUUUGUUUAUGUACCACAGUGUACUUCACAGGUAUCACACUGAAAGAGCUACAGUCAUCACUGGAUGGUUACAAAAUUUGAAUUGUUUCACUGUAUAGAGCAGAUGCGUUUAGGGUUCAGAGUACAGCUCUGCCUUGAGAUCAGCUUACUGUAAUGUGAUAGAAGCCCAAAUCACAACCCAUCCCACCACCACCAGCUGCUCUGACUUACUUUGCUGGUCCCAAAACUAUUCUGCAAACCCGCAAAAACCAUGUAACGCCAAUUCUUCAUUCAUACAGAUCAUGUCAGCAAUAACUAGCCCGUGAAUGGUAGUUAUUUUUUAGAUGUGAAGCAAUACUCAGACAGCAAUAACAUCCACGUCCCACCACAACUUCUUCCCCGCAGAGUGAAGCACCACGACAGGUGGGGAUGUGUUGGUAGUGAACAGGCUCAAAGUGAUGCUUCAGUGGUACAUCUUCAGAUUGGGUGUGUGUGUGUGUGUGUGUAGGAUAAAUCACUCCCGGGCUGGACUCAUCUUGUUCUCGGUGACACCCCUGCCUCAUUCCUCCACGAUCAACCCCUAAACCAGGCUUUGAUCAUUCGUCACACCGGGAAUGAAGUUUUUUUAUUUGUUGUUGUUGCCUCUGCCUUUUUGUGAGCAUACGAACUGUCCUGAGUGUCGUAACCUCAAGUGUCAGUGCGUGAUCUGGGAACUGUGUUUUUCCUUUUUUUUUUUGUGCAUACGGUAUGAGUUGCAUGGCCUCUGGGUGUGUGCAUGUGUGUGUCCGUGCGUGUGUUUGUGAUCCAGCAGCUCAGCAGACCAUAAUCUGUCUCCUUGUGUUGUCAGGGCGGAGGGGAGGGACCAAAACAGGAACAGAAAUUCCUGUUGACCCCCCUCCCCCUGACCUUAAAGGAUAAUGCUGCCAGUCUUCCUGUCAAUUCUGAGAGAAGUGGCCUCGUUACGUGUUUUGUAGAGCUAUUUUGAAGGGAGACAGGACUAGGAUGUGGACGCUCCAGCACUUCAAGCCAAAGUGAGAGGGACUCUGAACGAACUGGGAUCCUAGUCCUGCUGUGUGUUUUCUGUCUCCUCUAUAUCACUAAUAUUCUACUCUACUUUAAAUCAAUCUAGUCUGGCCGAGGCAGGUGUCCGUUAAGUGACCUCUGAAUGAUUCUAUGAGCUAAAAACGGCCGCUUCCAAAUACAAAGAUAAUGCUCCUUUUCUCCUUCCUUGCUGCCUCCCCUCUGGUGAGCCUGAUAGAGGUACUUAAGGAGCUCCCGGUCUUCGUCUUUCUGGACUCAGAUCAGGUGCAAAGCAUUAAAAAAAGAAAAGAAAAAAGAGAAGGGAAUGAGUAAGGAAAGCUAAAGAGCAGCAUUUCUAAGCAUUGGAACGUAGCCUGUGUAUGUGAACUUGUGCACAGUGUCAGACUGAACCCUGUAGUUAUUCGAUGAGCACCAACAGGUCAGGCUGGCACAUCACAAACCAUCACAAACUCUUAUUCCUUUACCUUUGGAGAAAAGUCUAUUUUGUUAUAUUCAUUGAAAAGUUCUAUUUUUUUCCACUUUAGUCUGGCCUGAAUUCUUUCAGAUUCUGAUGUUGUAUGAUAAUAAUGGCGCUGUAAAGCCUUUUUCUGAAUGUAGUAAUAAUCAAAUUGUUUAACUGAUACCCCCCACCCCCCCACCCCUCCUCUUGACUCAUUUGUUUCUGUAAAUAAGGCAUGCAUAAGAGGAGGGACUUUAUACCACCCACCGUGCAUGGUGCUACCAAAGCCAGUCAAACUAAGGGGGAUGAGUUGGGUUGCACCAUUUUUAUUUUUUAUUUUUUUUGGGGGGAAUGACAUUUCUCCACAUCGGCUGUUGGUGUAGAACUUGUUCUGUUACGUUUUAACUUUCCUCGCUUCAAUAUGUACCAGUUUGUAAAGGCUGGUUAAUAAUGGACGAUAUGGCUACACAGAUGGGGGAGAGAGGGGGUGUGGGUGGGUGGGGGUGUUUGAGAAAGAAAAUGGUAUACGACUGAUUGUCUGAUUGGUGAAUGUUUUCCUCUCAUGCAGCCGCCGGUAUUGUUGCAGUAUUGUCUCAUGGUUGAGCAGGUGUGAACAAGGGCUUUGUAUCCAAGGAUAGUUAAAGACUGUGAUGUUGGAUGUAAUACUUCUCUGUAUACACACACCUGUUUAUCUACUGAAUGGUCUCACAGUGUAACAGCACAGGGAUGGACAAAGCCACCAGGGGGGCUUAAAAAAAGGUGUAGCCAACGACGGGAGGUGUCUUUCUGGUGGUUACUAAUCUAGAGCUAAAUAUCAAAACACUCAAGGGCCUGUGAAUGUGUGUGUGUUUUGGGGUGGGGGUUGGAGAUAAGGGGGGACACCACAGUAACAGCAUCUUGUGUAGACGUAUGCAUAGUUUUCAAUGUGAAAUGCACUUUAUUUUUUGGAUGAAAAUGGCACAACAAAUUAAGUAUCUGCAAAAUGAAACGUAUUAACGAUAAUCAACAUGCACUAACUUAACUGAGAUAUUGUAAAAAACAAAAACAAAAAAAAACAUUUGUGUGAACGUGGUGUCUAUUUUUCCAAGGUGUUAGUUGUACUUUUUAUUGCUUUGGUUAGUUCACUCCACUGAGAGAUCUUGUUAAUUUUGUAUUAAAAACAAACAUGUGCUGUGCAUAAAA